GCUGACACUUGCAACACAUGUAGUCAACACAGUCUAGUCCAUCAGAAAUUGGUUGUGUUGUGAUGACAGUUAAGCAAAGACCUGCGGAUGAAGAUAAUUCGUACUUAUUCAGUCGGAAAGGAGUUCUAUCAACAUGUUAGGAAACUUAUUUGAAGAAGAGAAGGGUGCCUUUGAAAGUCUUGAGACAACUCCUUUCAGUUCUGAGAAAGGCGGGGCACCCAGAACACCCCGAUCUCAAUGUAACCUCGCCGGGAUCGCCAAUCAGGGCGCGACAUGCUAUCUGAACUCGCUGCUACAAACUCUACUUUUAACACCAGAAUUCAGAGAAUCCCUGUUUCAACUGAGAGAAACAGAUCUUGGAUGUUUGGAGGACAAGGAUAAACCUGGCGCCAAGGUUCGAGUGAUUCCGCUGCAGCUUCAACGCCUGUUUGCCCGUCUGCUGCUCCUUGACCAGCAGAGUGUGUCCACGGCCGACCUCACGGAGUCCUUCGGAUGGACUAACAACGAGCAAUUCCAGCAGCAUGACGUGCAGGAGCUCAACAGGAUCCUGUUCAGCGCCAUUGAAGACUCCCUGGUGGGGACGUCCGGGCAGAGUCUCAUACAGAGGCUUUACCAUGGAAACAUCGUCAAUCAGAUCAUCUGCCAGGAGUGUGGGAAGAUCAGUGAGAGGAGGGAGGACUUCCUGGAUCUGACGCUGUCUGUGAGUGGCAUGGACAGCCUGGAGACAGCACUCGACUGCUCCUACUGCAACAUGGAGGUCAUGGACGGCAAGAACCAGUACCGCUGUGACCGAUGCCAGAAACUAGUUGAUGCUAAAAAGGGUGCCAAGAUUCGCAACCUCCCUCAGGUCCUGACCAUCUCCCUGCUGAGGUUCAGCUACGACUUUCAGAAGAUGCAGAGAUACAAAGAAACAGGGAAGUUCACUUUCCCCAUGGAGCUGAACAUGAAACCCUACGUGGAGAAGACGUCCGAAUCUGAUGAUGAUCUUCAGUAUGAGUUGUUUUCUGUGGUGAUACAUCGAGGCGGAGCAUAUGGGGGCCACUACCACGCCUACAUCCGAGACAUCGACAACCUGGGACACUGGGUGCAUCCUGGUAAGGUGGAUGUGGAGAUUGUCAGCAAGCGCAAAACAGGAGCUGUAGAGUUGAUCAAAACCAACUCCCCUGCCGAGCUCAUUGAGAUUAUCCUGCAGAAACAUCCUAACCAGGCCAUGCCAGUGGACCAACUGGGAUCUGAAAUCAGCAAGCAGACAGGCGUCACGUGGAACAAGCGUUUCAAGAAGAACAAUGGGACUCUCACCAAGUACCUGAGCAAGCGUAAGGGCCAAAUCGUGUACAACCCCGACACUAGAUGGGUGAUGUUGGCGGGCAGCGAGCCUCCACCGACAGACAGUCCGACUACAGGGACAGACUCAAGUAGUGUGUCUUUAUUCCCAGACACUGGUAGUGUGUCUUCAGUCACAGACACUGGUAGUGCAUCUUCAGUCACAGAGGAGGCAGCGGGGACAGAUCCUGCUGUAGCAGACGUCAGUGGCGGCCAUGACACCACCGGUGUCCUAUCUGGGGACAAGGAAAACAGGAAUCCUCACAAACCGACAAGCCCAGAGUCUGCACCAGUGGGAUAUCGGUGGUUCAACUUCGACGAUUCCCGAGUCUCCCCCAUCACAGUGAAGGAGAUCGAAAACCACUUCUCAGGGAGGGAGAGUGCAUACAUGUUGUUCUAUCGGAGAAAACAGAAAGCCAGGACACAGGAGGCAGAUGGAAAUCCUGGGUACCAGAUUCCAGACAACAUCCUGGCAGACAUCCUGCUGGAGAAUGAUAACUUGGCAAAAGACAGACAAGAGUACGACGUGAAGGUCAACACAAUCACCGUCCAGCUCCACUUCGAGCCUCACUAUCACUACAAGGAAGGGGCGCUCAAGCUGUCUCACCCCAGUGGGAAGUUUUCAGAACUCACCAUCGACAGACGGAAAUCUGUGGCAGACUUGUUGGUGUCUGUUAGAGAGGUGGGUGGGAAUCUGGUUCCUGACAAGUUGACUCUGCACAGAAUGCUUGAUUUACCUGCUGGGUUUCACCUGUAUGAUUGUGUCUCGGAUGAGCCUGAGAAGCUGAUUUCAUCUUUGAACAUCGACAACAACGCCAAGCUGUUCGUGUGGGACGGGGAACUGGUGGGAGGGGGGUCCAUCCCUACUGGUCCGGAAUGUGAGCCCAUCUAUCUGACUAUCGUCUACGGCAACCCAUCCCAGUUUAGCUGCGGCUUUUCCAAAGACAUCUCGUUUGCUGCCUUUAAAUCGUCAGUCUGUGCCUUAACCGGAAUACAAGAGUCAGAUCUGACUCUAAAGAAGAUCGUGGGAUCUGACCUGUCGCCUGCCUUUCUGUCCUUGAAUGACGAGGAUGUUUCCUUGCCCUUGGCUGUUCUGAGUUUCCAGGAUGGAGACCAUAUUGUUGCUGAAGACAAGACGAAACAAAAUGACGCCGUGGCCCCCGCAGCUGUGAGCAGGGGAAACCAGUUUACUGUGGUUGUGGAAAACAGAUGUGUGCAGACUCAGUGUCGUUGGACAAGACAAAUAGAAGUCACAAAGGACAUGACACUCAGUGAGCUGAAGGCUUUGACAGUUUCCAGUUUCAGUGAAGACGGCCUCCUGGAUGGGGGCCGUCUCCGUGUGGACCAUCCAACGAUUGGGCUGCGACCUCCACUUCAUGAAGAGCAGACAGUGUAUGAAGCUGGGUUGCUAGGCGACGUCUGCCUGGUGCUGGAGCCUGGUAAAGCACCAGACACAAAUCAGAUAACCUUGACCUUUACGCCCUAUGACCCCAAAAAUGACCUCCAUGAUAUUGAACUCACUGUGGAGAAGGCAGACACAGUGGGAGGCUGCUUAAAGAACAUGGUGGAACGAGCAGGCUUCGCAGGGGAUGACUGGCACCUGAGGAAGACCAACUGGUGCGGGGAGAUGGCGGAGGUGUUGGAUGACCUUGACCUUACUCUCGAUAAAAGUCUUGUCAGUGAUGGAGAUCAUUUACUUCUUCUGCCUGGGAGACUUCCACCAAAGGGUUACCUACGUUUGCCGAUACACCUGUACCCAACUCCCACGAACCCUCGCCACGCUUGCGACCAGCCUGGAAUGCUGGCCUGGAUCUCUGCUGGAAUACAAGGCCUCCUGUCUCCGUCUGCCAGUACAACAUCAGCCAACACCCUCCAGGUCGGCGAGGUCGAGAUAUCCAAGGAUGCGACCCUGGAGGACCUGAAGCUUCAGCUCAUGACCUUGCCCGUCCUGACCGACAUGCCCGUGCCAACAUUCGAGUUCCUCCGAGUGAGACUUGUUACUGAUCACCGCCCCGGGCAGGUGUUACGAGAUCUCACCCAGACACUGAGGCGACUUAAAGUGACAUCCGCGAGCAGUAUUGCCGUCCAGAUUGUUCCUCACGAGGAGAACCUAGGCUCAAACGAGAUCGUUCUCAAUAUCAAACAGAGGCUCCCUGGAACGCAGACGUACGACGUAGAGCAAGAGUUCAUCUGGGACGUCUCACACGGCGUCUCCCCCCUCGACUUCAAGCAGGCCGUGGCUGACUUUCUGGCACUUCCUGUCGAGCAAAUUAUCAUUGCCAAACACAUCUCUCGACAGUUCAAGUGGCUGGUUGUCCAAGAACAGAAGCCAACCAAUCAGAAGGGCAAGAAGAAGAGAGGCGGGGCCAACAAGAGCAGUAUGCGUCAGACUCCCUACCAUAUACAGGAUGGAGAUGUGUUCGGCGUCAAGACGCUGCAGGGAGACCCUGACAACAUGGACGACUUCAGCACAGAGGAGGAUCUCUUAGGUCGAGAGGAAAUUCAGCGGGCUGCUGACGAAAAGAAAAAGAUGAGAGAAGAGAGAAAGAAAGCGUAUGGAGAUGGACCAGCUGCCCGGCGACCAGAAGUUGCUUUGACCAUUAAAGUUGACUCCUUCACGUAGCACAAAGUCAAGUUGUGGAAUAACUGGUCUAUCUGUCUGCCAGGGGAGAAUCGUGUUCACCCAUGUUAUUGCUGACAUCCAGAGCACGACUCACGUUGGGCAUCGGGGCACGUUCUGUCCUGACUGUACAUAUACUUUAAAACAAGGUUAGGGAUCAGGAAUAUUUUUGAGGAUAUGUUUAUUCAAUUGUUUGCUCAGUCUUCACGUCAAAAAGUAUCCCCCCAAAUAUAAAUGAUCCCUAACUUUUUGUUCAUUAUACAAAGGGCGAGGAAGGAUAAGGGUUCUUGUUGGCCCAUGGGAUAUGCAUAAUUUAAGAAAAGAGGAAUCUUUCGUUAAUCAUUGUGAAAGUUAUCUGAUUGGUUCAUACAGAUGUUCAUUUAAACAGGGGCGGUCGGGUAGCCUAAUGGUUAAAGCGUUGGUUCGUCACUCUGAAAACCUGGGUUCGAUUCCCGAUAUGGGUACAAUGUGUGAAGCCCAUUUCUGGUGU